CGGCGGCGUAGGCAAGAUAGCCCGCGGACUCCGACAAGUCAACACGCGCAAGCCAGCUGCUCUGCUCACCGGCGCCGAGCGAAUCCACCGCCGCAGGAGAGGAGCGCGCGCGCGGCGACCUCGAUCCGAUGGCGGCGCCCUACGGAGCCCCUCCUCCUCCUUCGGCCCCGGCGGCCGCGGCGGUGACGGCCCCGGUGGCGGUGGUGUCCCCGCAGUUCUGCGCGCCGUACGUGGUGCCGCUGACGGUGACCAAGAAGGCCAUCAGCCUCUCCGACGGCGACUUCACCGUCACCGACGCCAACGGCGCCGUCGUGCUGCGGGUCAAGGGCGCCAUCUUCAGCGUGCGCCACCGCCGCGUGCUGCUCGACGCCGCCGGCCAGCCCAUCCUCUCCAUGCAGGAGAAGGUAUUUAGCAUGCACCACAGAUGGGAAGUGUUCAGAGGGGACAGCACGAGCUCGAGCGACCUGCUCUUCACGGCCAAGAAAUCCUCCAUCAUCCAGCUGAGGACGGAGCUGGACGUCUUCCUGGCCUCGAACAGCGCAGAGCAGGCCUGCGACUUCAAGAUCAAGGGCAGCUACUUCGAGAGGUCCUGCGCCUUCUACCUCGGCAGCUCCAACACCAUGAUUGCUCAGAUGAACCGGAAGUUCACCGUCUCGAAUGUGCUGCUGGGGAAGGACACGUUCGGCGUCACCGUGUUCCCGCACGUCGACUACGUGUUCGUCGCGGCGCUCGUGGUGAUCCUGGAUGAGAUUCACAGGGAGCGAUCCGACUGAUGAUGAGCAGGCCAACUCCAUCGAGUUGGACACAAAAGUUGCUGUUGCGACCGGUACAGGGUUUAGAAAUUAUAUAUAUUCCAGCAAGGAUCAACUACUGUUUGAUGGUUUGUUCAUAUUUAUUUCGUACUGAAUUAUUAUGCCGACGUUCGAUUAUGUGUAAUACUUUUUUAGAACAAUUAUUAUUAUGUGUACUAUUAAUAUUAAUAUUAUUGAUGACUUGUGUGGCUCUCGCU